AUGCAGGCGAAAAACAAGCAAGUGCAAAAGAACCAAUCUGCCUCUAUUCAUAACCUUGAGACUCACUAUAGCAAAUUGGCUAUUGCAUUGCAAACUAUAACUCAAGGAGGAUUGGCGGCUACCACGGAAGCAAAUCCAAAAGAGCAAGUGAAGUCCAUUGAGUUGAGAAAUGCGCCAGAUGUUGUCAAUCCACCACCACCGCCAUCCUAUAUUCCAAAAGUGACACUUGGAAGCUUUGAGGGAGAUGCCUCAUUAUGUAAAAUUCUUGAAGGACAUUAUCAGUAUCAAAGGAGUUGGGAUGAGAAUGGCGCUAUAACUAUGACAGAGAGUUGUAGCUCAAUUAUCACAAAGCUACCAACCAAACUCAAAGAUCCAUGGAGUUUUACUAUCCCUUUUUCUAUUGGUGAUAUGCCUCUUACGAAUUAUUUAUGUGAUUUGGGUGCUAAUAUCAAUUUAAUGCAUUCGAUCUUGUUUGAGAGUUCUUUUGGUGAUUUACAGGUUAAGACUACGCCCAUGAUGUUACAACUAGCUGAUCAUUCAAUUAAGAAACCUUAUGGAAUUAUUGAGGACGUCUUGGUGAAGGCGAACAAGUUCAUUUUUCCGGUAUACUUUGUGGUGCUUGAUUAUGAAAUUGAUAGAGAGUGUCCGGUGAUACUAGGGCGACCUUUCAUGAACGCCUGGAGAGCAUUGAUUGAUGUGCAUGAGGGGAAACUAUCUUUGCGCAUUUUUCAUGAUAAGGUGGAUUUUGAUAUGAAGAAAGCAUGA